AUGGACCGGAUCCUUACACAGCAGAACGGCUUGCAGCCAGCAAGGAUUAAUGAAAGUCUGCCUCCCCCUUUAGUCUCCGAUGACUCCUUUUUGUCUGACUCAGCCCACCUGCAUCCAGGCUGUGGGGGUCUUGAGAGCCUGAUGCUGGGCAGCCAGACCCCCAUGGAGAGCUGGAAUGCAGAGGAGGGCCCCGGACCUGGGAUCUUCAGAGCAAAGCCAGGAGACGCACUGCAGAGGCCUGAGGCCCAUGUGGCAGCCCUGGGACUGCUGGCUGGUGUGAGUGUGGGCUUGUGGCUUCUAGUGCUGUGUCUGUGGCCAGUGGCCUCGCAGCCCACCGGGACCUGGCAAGAUGAGGAGAUGACUUUGAGCUGCUCGGAGGCCAAGGGUGAGGAAGCCCUGCCCUCCUCACUUCACAGCACAUGGGACAUGACUGUCAUGCCCCGUUUCAGUAUCUUUCAGAAUAAACACGAGGACUUCCUGCCAAAAGUGCAGGUGGGGGCCCGACCAGGCUGGCUGCUGGUCUGCUGCCAGGGCUGGAGCCCCGCCCUGGGGUGCGGGUCUGCCAGCCUUGGACACCUCAGGAUUCACCACCACAAGGGAGUUCAUCUGUCUGAUGUCAAACUCAGCCACUGGCAGGAGUUUGCUCAGCUCUCCCCUGGCCUGGGAGGCCUCCCGGGGGAGGUGCGGCAGCCCAGUUUCAGGCUGGCCCGCCUGUCCAGCUGGCAGGUCCAUGCGGGGCUGGUCAGCCACAAUGUGGUCAGGCCCCGAGGACCUGUGGUGGAGAGGGUCAUCCCGCCUCCCUACAGUGCCCGGAAUUACAACUACAGUGUGGCCUUGACUUACGAGUCCCCCAUGCUGUGUGCCAGCUACCUGGACAGGAGGGCUGAUGCCUGCCAGGUGAGGGGGGAAGGGGCGCUGGUGUGCCCAGAUGGGGGCACGUGACGCCUCGGGGGUGUGGUCAGCUGGGGCGGAGGCUGUGCAGAGCCCAAGCACCCUGGGGUCUAUGCCAGAGUUGCAGAGCUUUUGGACUGGAUCCAUGACAUGGUGCGGUACAAAGGCAGGGCGUGGCGAGGGAAAACUCUGCAGGUCGGCACAGGGUGGGUGGCGGAUAACAAGCUUGAUGGAUUACGGGGACACGUGCCUCCAACUUCUCACUCAAACCUUACAAAAAGCCCAGAGAAGCGAGUAUUGUUAGCCCGCUUGAUAGAAGUAGAAGUGCAGGUUCCGAAUGGUUAA